AUUCAGGGUCCGCCUAAAUAAGGGCGGUCUUGAAGAGUAAAUCGCGAUUGCCGCGCAGCUUCAGUUCUCAGGCUUAUGGCUGCUUUGACCUUGUCCUUUUCCUAGAAAACGAUCCUGGUUUCCUGUAUUUAGCCCAGGCUGCGGGCACAGGUAGUCUAAGUCCUCUGCUCAAGGUCGCACAAUUAGUCACGGAAGAGCCAGAAUCUGGAUGCUUGCCUUUCUCUUCCCUCUGAGCAGGAGUCUCACCAGAUCUGCUGCUGAUGGCAGUGAAGUGUGAGGAUGGCUGAAGCUGUGUGGCAUGCCUGGGUGGAGAACGCAAGUUGUGCGUAGCCUGACUGAUGGCAGCUGUAGCUGAUGGUGUGUAAUUGUGAGCUGAGAGUAUGUAGCAGUUGCAGCAAUAGAAGCCAGCGCUGGUGCCGGAGCAGCUAACCUAGUGUGGCAGCAGCCUGAGGAGGGGGUCCAGGAGAAGUCCACAACCCAUGGGGAAAAGGAACCAAGGAGCCAGCUUGUGAAAGGCAGCUUUGCCUGAGGCUUCUACCCCAGGAACAGACCUUUGCUCAUGUAAUGGGAUGAGCCAGAGUUGUUGCAGCCAGUGCUAGACUUAGGGUGACCUCCCUGCAGGGACCACAAUGAUGAGUCCAAUUCCUGCCUGCCUUUGGAACGGCUGGGACAUCAGCUCUUGAAAGAAGAAACUGAGGAAUCCGCAGACCAGUUUUCAAGGCCACAGUCGUUUUCCCUCUGGUACUUUCCAGGUAUUAAAACCACAGAUUGUUGACUGGAAAGACAGGCAUCAUGUUCACAGCACCUGGCAUGGCAGCGGUUGGGGGAAGACCUUAUUCCUGCAGUGAAUGUGGCAAGAGUUUUCGGUACAGUGCAGUGCUGCUGCGGCACGAACGUGCGCAUGGUGGUGACAAGCGUUUCCGCUGUCUAGAGUGUGGUGAACGUUGUGCUCGAGCCUCAGAUCUGCGUGCGCACAGGCGGACCCAUGCUGGCCAGACCCUCUACGUCUGCAGUGAGUGCGGCCAGAGCUUCAGUCACAACAGCCUGCUGGAUCUGCACUUGGGGACGCACCGGAGGCGUAGCCACACUUGCCGUUGCCGCCUCUGUAGCCGCCGCUUCCCUCACGUCCCUGCACUGCUGCUGCAUCGGGUCCGUCAGCACCCACCAGAGAAGCCGCACCGCUGCCCACUGUGUGCCCGUUCCUUUCGGCAGAGUGCUCUUCCUUUUCACCUGGCACGGGCACACCCCCCGGAAACCACCACUGCCACUGCCCCUUCCCCUAGCACGCUCCACCACUGUACACAGUGCCCACGGGCCUUCCGUAGCAGUGCUGGGCUACGGAACCAUUCCCGUAUCCACGUGGUCCUCAGUCUCAGCGACCCUGGCGCUGAGGCCCACCAAUGUGGUGUGUGUGGAAAGAACUUCAGCAAGAGUUCCACACUUACACGACAUCUCCAGAGGCACUCAGGGGAGAAGCCUUUCAAGUGCCCUGAGUGUGGCAAGGGCUUCUUGGAGAGUGCCACGCUGGUGCGGCACCAGCGAACACAUACUGGGGAAAAGCCAUACGCGUGUAACGACUGUGGACGCUGCUUUAGCGAGAGCUCCACGCUACUGCGCCAUCAGCGCAGCCACCAGGGUGAACGGCCACAUGUGUGUCCCACUUGUGGCAAGGGCUUUGGACAGCGAUAUGACCUUGUGGUGCACCAGCGCAGCCACACGGGCGAGAGGCCCUUCCCGUGCCCAGAGUGCGGCCGGGGCUUCACAGACCGCUCAGACCUCACCAAACACCUGCGCACACACACAGGGGAAAAACCUUACCACUGUGAGCUGUGUGGCAAGCGAUUCACCUGCAUCUCCAACCUCAAUGUGCACUUGCGCAAUCAUGCUGGCCAUAAACCACACAAGUGCCCGGAGUGUGGCAAGUCCUUCAGUGUUGCCUCCAAACUUGCACUGCACAGAAAGACACACCUAGGUGAGCGGACAGCAGAGUGCUCAGAGUGUGGCAAAUUCUUUAGCCAUGGCCGGUCACUGUCACAACACCAGCGGUCCCACAGACGUGCUCGAGCAGCUGCCAUGGCAGCCACUACCACCACCACUGUAGUCACUGAGGUGACAGUAAGUCCUCCCCUUGCCCUCACAGGGCCAAUGCAACAGGAAAAACCAGGGCUCUUGGUGUCUCCAUUUCAGGAAACUUGCUAAGAGGACCCCAUGAGGGGUGUGGGUGGACACACAUUGAGUGAGCCCCAAGGAACAGGGCAGCUCAGAUGGCUAGGUAUUCACCUAGCUUGCCUUGUCUCUAAACCGAGAUCCCCACCAGCUCUUCCAUCAUCUUCCCCAGCUCUAAGUACUAGGAGCCAGGGAACCAACACCACAUCCCUAUGCAAGACAGACUAGGUGUUCGUGCUGUUGCUGCCACUCUGCUCUCUGAUGUUGGUGUGGCUCUUCAGGAAACAUUUGGUCAGUUAGAUCUCUUGCUUUUUAUCGAUCUGUUAUCUCUACUGCUUUCUCUUGCUUGAAACAUGUAGUUGCAGAGGUGAAACACAGGCAGUAUGGAAAACUGGAAUGGCUCCAUUCAUUAAAGAACCAAAAUCUGUGGCAAGUUACUCCCUUGACGAGGUAAAAGUAGCCAGUAGCCUGGCUAGCCAUAUGUCCUUUCACAAGAUGCUUCUUAGGGCCCAACAAAGUGGUUCAACAUCAGUUGACAACCUGAGUUUGAUCUCUGGAACCCACAUAUAUACCAUCCAUGGCCCAUGUGCACACACAAAGAAGUAAUUUCCCCCUCCCCCAAUAAAUGGCUCUUAGGACAGUUUUCUCUAGCCAGGUAAUUGUUUGCCUUGGGAUGCAGCCCAUGACUGUGUGGGUCCAUAAAGCUCAGUGACACCAUGUGAAACAAUGUUAUUUACAGAUGAAGCUUCAAGGCACGAGGAGACAAGUUCCCUGGAGUCCUGGGCAAGGGCAGGAUGUAAAGCCUGGAAUUGGUCAAUGACUGCUUAUAGGUGGUGAAAUUGUUACUUGUUUGGGUUUGUGACACCAAGAACCCCUUCGUCAAAAUGAGUUCCAAGUUCUCAUCCCUUUUGGUGGUGGUUUCUUCAUUGCUGUGACAAAAUGCCCGAGAAAAUCAACUUAAAGAUUUAUUUUGGCUCGUG